UCUGAGGAGAGAGGUAUUUACAGGAAUCUUCGACCCCCAAAAAAUACCAAAACGCCCCAUCUUUCUCCCUUUUGAGAAUAGACAACAACCCCAAAAAGGACUGAGAAAAACCUAUAUAAUCACACCCACCAAUCUCACCAGAGAGGAGAAACUGAACAUAUAUCCGUAUUUUAAUGGCGCAAGAUGACGCUGGUUCUGACUCACCCCAAAAAAAGCCCGGUCUCUUAAGGGAUCAAGCCCAACUGGUAAAAAGAAAGGACUCUGAUCGGUAUGAAAUGGUUCCGAUCCAAGAGUCACUGUCAUUCGAGAAAGGUUUCUUUAUAGUGAUCCGUGCGUGCCAGUUGUUGGCUCAAAAGAAUGACGGGAUCAUACUCGUCGGGGUGGCGGGCCCCUCUGGUGCUGGGAAAACUGUAUUUACCGAGAAGAUGCUCAACUUCAUGCCCAGCAUUGCUGUCAUAUCGAUGGACAACUAUAACGAUUCGAGCCGAAUAAUCGAUGGCAAUUUCGAUGAUCCGCGAUUGACAGACUAUAAAACUUUGCUUGAUAAUAUUCAAGGUCUGAAAGAAGGAAAGCCUGUUGAGGUUCCGAUAUAUGAUUUCAAGUCAAGUCGCCGCAUGGGGUACAGGACGGUCGAAGUUCCCAGCUCUCGCAUUGUUAUUAUAGAAGGCAUCUAUGCUUUGAGUGAAAGGUUGCGUCCCUUUUUAGGCCUUCGAGUAUCUGUGACAGGCGGUGUUCACUUUGACCUCGUGAAGAGGGUUCUUAGGGACAUACAACGUGCUGGCCAAGAACCAGAGGAAAUAAUUCAUCAAAUCUCCGAAACGGUUUACCCAAUGUACAAGGCGUUUAUUGAGCCAGAUCUUCAAACUGCACAUAUUAAAAUCAUCAACAAGUUCAACCCGUUCACAGGAUUCCAGAAUCCAACCUACAUCUUAAAGUCGCCAAGGACCUUGACAGCAGAUCAAAUCAAGGCCGUUAUUUCUCAAGAACAUACAGAAACUAUGGAGGACACUUAUGAUAUAUAUCUCCUGCCGCCAGGUGAAGAUCCAGAAGCAUGCCAGUCAUAUCUGAGGAUGAGAAACAGGGAUGGAAAAUACAACCUUAUGUUUGAGGAAUGGGUCACGGACAAUCCAUUCAUCAUAUCACCAAGAAUCACGUUCGAAGUCAGUGUGCGCCUUCUUGGUGGUCUGAUGGCCUUGGGAUAUACGAUUGCAGCCAUUCUGAAAAGAAGCAGCCAUGUUUUCUCUGAUGAUAAGGUGUGCGUGAAAGUUGAUUGGUUAGAACAACUGAAUCGGGGUUAUGUGCAGGUUCAAGGAAGGGACCGUUCUGUCGUAAAACUUGUAGCAGAGCAAUUAGGGUUGAACGGUUCAUAUAUUCCUCGUACUUACAUAGAACAGAUUCAGCUGGAAAAGCUUGUAAAUGAAGUAAUGGCAUUACCAGAUGAUUUGAAGACAAAGCUCAGCAUAGAUGAGGAUCUUGUCUCAAGUCCUAAAGAAGCACUUUCCCGAGCCUCUGCAGAUAUGGUUGCCACGAGAAACAAGAAUAUGAAGGGCAGUGGUUUAUCACACUCCUAUUCAACACAAGGGGACAGGAAUCUAGCCAAACUAACCAGACUUGCUGCCAACAAUAGAAGUUUUGACAGAAGAACCUCAGAAACAUCUGCUGUACUUGCGAACCAGGGAAUCAUUACCCAGCUCUCUGAACAGAUUUCAACGCUGAAUGAGAGGAUGGAUGAGUUCACGUCCCGCAUUGAGGAACUCAACUCCAGUUUGACCGCCGGGAAAUCUUCUACCAGCCAACAAAACCUGGCGCUGCAUGCUGAAGCCUGCAAUGGCUCCGCUCCAACGUCCCUCUUUGUUUCUAGUCUGGGCAAUGGUACCUUGACCGGAUCGUUGUUAUCAAAUUCACCGUCUUCUAACCAAUUGGCUAAGGACUCUCAGUUAGUGGAAGAGAUUACAGGCAUUGCACGUAGUCAACGUCAAAUCAUGCAUCAAUUAGACAACCUCAGCAAUCUCCUCCACGAGAACAUAGGAGGGAUGGCCCACCAUGGAAGAACGGCCAACAAGAGCAGAACAACCGACAUAGCUGUUUCCCCGAAUCUUAUUCUCAUGUUUGCAAUUGGUGGUGUAGGUAUCUUUCUGUUCAAGGUUCUAUGCAGGAAUUGAACCCGCCCAAAAUCCCAAACUCCGAAUUCCAGUCGGAUGUGCCACUGCAUUCCUUUGGUACCGUUCUAAGUCGGGUUCCAAGAGUCUGCCCUUCUCUCCACCCAGACAAGGUGGUUGGAUUGGUUUCAAGCCAUGGGCUUAACGAUUCAACCCCCACACGGCAUUCUUCGGUCAUUGUUAUAGAGUUCUUGGAGACGGUAAUCCCUCGGAGAAUCUCUGAGUUUGAAGAGAAGGGUCUUUUAGAAAAUUGUAUUUUGAGGGUUGAGAAAUUCUCAAAAUUCUCAAAUAAGGUGAGAUUGAUGUUACUUUGAAAUGUAGUCUUAUCUUUUUUUAAAGGCUACAUUGUUAUGGGUAGAGAGCAAUCCUUGUUCA